AUGUGCGGCUCCCGAGAGCUCACGGCGCAGGAGCAGAGCAAGCGCCGCCGAGGCCCGGGGCCCCAGGCGGCGGCGGCGGCGGCGGCCGGGACGCAACAAAGAAAAGUAGUCCGAGAAGGAGCGGCGACGCGGGUCGUCGCCCCUCCUCGCCCAGGAAGGACGAACACCGUUAUGGCCACCCAGGUAAUGGGGCAGUCUUCCGGAGGAGGAGGUCUGUUCACCGGCAGUGGCACCAUGGGCAUGGCCUUGCCUAACGACAUGUAUGACUUGCCUGAUCUCUCCAGAGCUGAACUGGCUGCGCCUCAGCUCAUCAUGUUGGCAAAUGUGGCCUUAACUGGGGAAGUAAACGGCGGCUGCUGUGAUUACCUGGUUGGCGAAGAAAGACAGAUGGCAGAAUUGAUGCCUGUUGGGGAUAACAACUUUUCAGAUAGUGACGGAGAAGGACUUGAGGAGUCUCCUGAGGUAAAAGGCGAGCCCAGUGGGCUGGAAAACAUGGAACUGGAGAGUUUGGAACUCAGUGUUGUGCAACCGCGGCCUGUGUUUGAGGUGUCAGCUGCCUCAGAACCGUACAGCGCAAAUAAAGAUCUUCCUCGGGAAACCCCUGUAGCAGAGGACAAAUGCAAGAACUUGAAGACCAAGCCCUUUCGCUGUAAACCAUGCCAGUAUGAAGCAGAAUCUGAAGAACAGUUUGUGCAUCACAUCCGAGUUCAUAGUGCCAAGAAAUUUUUUGUGGAGGAAAGUGCAGAGAAGCAAGCCAAAGCCAGGGAAUGUGGCUCUUCCACCGGGGAAGAGGGAGAUUUCUCCAAGGGCCCCAUUCGCUGUGACCGCUGCGGCUACAAUACCAAUCGCUAUGAUCACUAUACUGCUCACCUGAAACACCACACCCGAGCCGGGGACAAUGAGCGAGUCUACAAGUGCAUCAUUUGCACGUACACCACAGUAAGCGAAUAUCACUGGAGGAAACACUUGAGAAACCAUUUUCCAAGGAAAGUAUACACAUGUGGAAAAUGCAACUAUUUUUCAGACAGAAAAAACAAUUAUGUUCAGCAUGUUCGAACUCAUACAGGAGAACGUCCGUAUAAAUGUGAACUUUGUCCUUACUCAAGUUCUCAGAAGACUCAUUUAACCAGACAUAUGCGUACUCAUUCAGGUGAGAAGCCAUUUAAGUGUGACCAGUGCAGUUAUGUGGCCUCUAAUCAACAUGAAGUAACCCGUCAUGCAAGACAGGUUCACAAUGGGCCUAAACCUCUUAACUGCCCACACUGUGACUACAAAACAGCAGAUAGAAGUAACUUCAAAAAACACGUGGAGCUACAUGUUAAUCCACGGCAGUUCAACUGCCCUGUAUGCGACUACGCAGCUUCCAAGAAGUGUAAUCUGCAAUAUCAUUUCAAAUCUAAGCAUCCUACUUGUCCUAAUAAGACCAUGGAUGUCUCAAAAGUGAAGCUAAAGAAAACCAAAAAGCGAGAGGCCGACUUGCCUGAAAACAAAAUCACCAAUGAGAAAACAGAAACAGAGCAGACAAAAAUGAAGGGGGAUGUGACUGGGAAGAAAAACGAGAGGUCUGUAAAAGUGGAGAAAAAAGAUAAUGUUUCAAAAGAGAAAAAGCCUUGUAGUAAUGCCUCAAGCCAAGUGACUACCAGAACUCGCAAAUCGGCACUGGAAGCUAAAGAGACGGAUGUGCACCCAGGAAAUAAUGCAGAAAAAAGCUGUAAAAGCAAGAAAAGCAAAAGGAAGACAGAAGCUAAAGCCCGUUCCUUACAAGAACGUGUGAAUGAUGAGGAACCUGUGACAAAAAAGAAAAAGAAGGCAGAAAGCAAAUCCAGAAAUAGUCAGGAAGUGUCGAAGGGUGACAGCAAAGUAGAGGAGAAUAAAAAGCAAAGUAGUUGCAUGAAAAACAGUGCAAAGAAGAAAACUCUGAGAAGUAAAUCAUGUAAAAAAAGCGGCAAGCCUGCUCAGAGGAGGCCCACUCAGAUAGAGCCUCCUCCUCCCAUGGAGUCUGCUGAGGGGGGGCCUGUUCAGACGGAGCCUCCUCCCGCCGCCCCCCCAUCUCCUCCCCCUCCCCUUGCCCCGGAGCGGCAUGCUGAGGUCGAGGUUGUUCAGACGGAGCGGCCGCCUCCUCCUCCCCCUCCCCCCCCAUCUCCUCCUCCACCUCUUCACCCCAGGGGGCAUGCUGAGGUCGAGGUUGUUCAGAAGGAGCCUGUUCAUGCGGAGCCUCCUCCUCCCGUGGAGCCGAUCCCCAAAAGGUCUCCUCACAAAGAUAAUGGCAAGGAAAAGACCAACAUGCAGAGUGAAAUGGCGCAGAAGGAGCAAGUCCUUAUUGAAGUUGGCUUAGUGCCUGUUAAAGACAGGCAGCUUCUAAAGGAAAGUGCCGGUGCACAGGAUCUCUUACCACCAUCACCACCUCUGCCAAAGGAAGACUUAAAAGAGGAAGAGUCAGAAGACCAAAAAUUAGUCCCUGCAGGCGAAGGACAUAAAGAAGCUCCUCUUCAAAAAGUGGAAGCAGAAGAGGCAGAUAAGAGUCUAGCUGGUCUUGCUGCUGUUACCAAGGCAUCUGCCAGUAUUUCAUCCUCUGAACAAAACUUGAAUAUGCCAGAGGGUGAAACUUCAGAUGGUAAACAUCAGGCUGACGCUAUGCUUUGUGAAAUGAAGAUGGACGCUGAUGAGAAGAAAACAGAGAAUCCCCCCGGCAGAGACUCGGCGGUUGAAGAACCAGCUUCACCACCACUUCUUCCUCUACCGCUAGAAAAAUGUGAAGCAGUGUCCACAGCUACUGUGGCAUCACCUCCUGUCACCGUGGCAGUAAAUGAGUCUCAGGAAAUGGAUGAAGACGAAGGCAUCCACAGUCAUGAUGGAAGUGACCUAAGUGACAACAUGUCAGAGGAUAGUGAUGACUCUGGAUUGAAUGGGGCUCGGCCAGUUCCACAAGAGACUAGUAGAAAAAAUGGAAAGGAAGCCUUGGCAGUCAAAGUGGCCGAGGGAGAUUUUGUUUGUAUCUUCUGUGAUCGUUCUUUUAGAAAGGAAAAAGAUUACAGCAAACACCUCAAUCGCCAUUUGGUUAAUGUAUACUUCCUUGAAGAGGCAGCUCAAGGGCAGGAGUAAAUAAACUUUGGGCAAGGCUUCAGUUCUUAGUUUGUAAGGUCUGUGACAUUUUGUAUUCAUUUGUAGUAGUAGACAGCCUUUUGUUUUUAAAAAAUUGCUUUAAUUAGUAUCCAAUCUUGAUUUUUAAGUGGCAUUCUUUUCCUUAGGAAUCCGUGUACCUAAUGAUGUACAAAUUUUAGCAAAUCCAAGGGAGUUAGUGUAAUAAACCAGCUAAAUCUAUUAGCUUUUGCUUUUAAUUGAACCCAGAAGGCCAAGGUGGUAUUAGAGCAUUCUGUCGAUUUGUUCAACUAUAACUAUUGAGUUUUUUCCCCAUGUCUACUCCUGUUUCACUUUAGUUUAUUCUUAGUUCCUUGUUUAGCUCUGUAAAAAUUGGCAUACUUAAAUAGCAAAUUACUUGAAGAAUUUGCCUGCUUUAUAUAAAGUUAGCACUUUAAAAUUGUUUUAGAAAUGAAAAGAGACAUUUAAAUUGAAGAGAAGUUCUGCCAACAAUGGACAGUGUAUCAGCCCAGCAGGUUUCAGAGUUUGGCAAUGCAACAGGAAAGAUUAGGAAAAGUAUUGAAGUAUGGGUGGAAAACUUGUUAAAAUUCUGAGAAGUCCAAGUUAAAAGACAUUUGAACUUGGAAUUGACUGGGAGGCCAAAGAUUUAAAGAAGCGGAAGAUUCUCUCAAGACAUGAGGAGUAAGUUGUGUUACUGGUGUGUGUUUUGUAUGCACGUUGGGGAUUUGUAAAUGAUGUUGAAUUCUAAGCUCCGACAAUCAUUGUCAAUGGAAGAUUAAGCUGCAAAUAUUUAUGUUUUAAAACUUAAAUUAUAAGGCUAGUUAAAUCUUUCUAACAACUAUUUUUUAAUAUUCAUGGGUACAUUUUAUAUAAGUUACCUUUUACAGUAUACAUGAAAAGAUUCAUGUUAAGUACAAAUUACAGAUUGGGAAUCAGUUUUGGGAAGAGGUUUUGUGGAUUCUUUUGAUACUUCAAAAGAAAAAAAUCUGACUUCUGGGGAAUUGGACUAAUUUUCUUGUCUAGAUUUUAAGACUAGAAUGCCAAAAACAAAAAUGUGAAGGAAAUUAAAACUCCUUAUUAUGAAAGUGAUCUGUGAAAACAUUGUUACUGGAAAUUGAAUGAACUUGAGGCCUUUCUUCCAGAAAACAAGGACUUGAUUGUCAGGCCUAUAUUAGGUUCUGAACCUUAAUGCCAUGUAUUUGUUCUUAUUAAAAAUUGUUUCAAUGAAAAGUGCAUUAGUAAUAAGAACUUCUGGUCUAGUUGGGAGUUCUUCCAUUUGAAAAAUGUGAUAUUUGCAUGGAAGUGUUUGAAUCUUUUUAUUUUCUCAGUAUACCCUCCACUGGAUAGGAUUGAAGCUAGAAUUUUCCCUUUUGAUAAAGGAAUGAAAAGUGAACAUGUUAUUUGUAGAUUGAUGUUUAGUACUAGAGCAAAAGUUGAAAUAUUAGAAUAUAAGCCUAAUCCUUGGUAGUCUUAUAAAAAUAUAUCUUUUAACUAUCUUCUGAACCUAUAUUCACAUUGGUUUUCAAGGUAUUUUAAGUUAUAUUUUCUUCCUCUUUUCAGAGCUGCUUCUAUGGGGCUGCCUUUUUUUCUUUUUUAAAGUUAAAUUGAGGUGUCAUUCACAAAGGGCUGCAUUUUUUGUUAAGGUUUCUUAUGACUAUGGCUGGGUGUUUUACUCUGGUCUCCCAAGAAGGGCCAUUUUAUCUUUGUCAUGACUUUGGAUUCCCUCUAGAGUCACUUCUAAAGUCAUGUGGUCUUUAACUUUGGGAACUAUUUCUCAUCUGAGUGCUAAUUCACAUUUAAGCUUGAGUCAUCGCCUAUCACCCCAUGAAUGUUGACAGUGGAAGGAAUACCUUUCCUGUAGUUUCAGUUCUAGACUGAAAACCUGGGGCAAGAAACUUCAUUUUCUUUUUUGCACAAAUCAGAAAAACAGCUACUGUGCAGUUCCCUUGUUGACCUCAGCAGAUGAACUGGACUGGUAGUGUUAAUUCAGAUUUAAGAAAUUAUCUGAAUCUUGAUUUGAGUAAACUUGUGAUCUACAUGCAAUAUUAACUAGAUUGGAUUGCUUUUAUAUUUUCACACGUACACAUAGGCUCUCCCCACCCUCAUCAACAUCCAUUAGUUAUCGAACUUUGUGAACUGGCAUUGAAACAUUACAACAAUGUUUUGUUGCACCAAUUUUAUAAACUUUUACAGUGCAAUACGUGUUAUUUUUCAGAGACAAACCAAAGUUUAAUUUCUCAAGGUUCAUGCUGUUUGCUUUAGCAGCAUUUGAUGGUGGAUCUUUUAUAUACAUUUGUAAUAGAUGGAAAAAUAAACCAGAUUGCAAAUGCUUUUUCUUUCUUUUUUAAAGCAAACCAUGUACCAAGUUUUUUGGUCCAAAUUGUGUAGGAUAAGUUAAAUUGCGUUCUAAUAACCAAUAUGAGUGUAUUUCUGUAAGUAUAGUUAUGUUGAAAUAAAGUUUUAAAAAGCA